AUCUUAUAAUAUUAGUUCAGAAAAAACCGAUCAAAUAGUUAAUGAAGCAGUGGACCUCAUAAAUUCAAUAGAUUUAUCAAUAAAAAACUUUGCAGAUGUUUUGAAAGGACAACAUGAGCAACAACAGCAGAUACAACAAGAAGCUGCUCACCAAAUUAUUGCUCCUACUAAUAACAAUAACAAUGAAACCAAUAUUUCAGAAGAUAUUUCUGGUGUUCCUGAGGAUACCUUUGACACUCAAGACUUUGAAAUCGAUUGCAUAGAAAGAAUGGCUGUUGGAGCAAACACUGAAGCUAGAUCUGUUGAAGGAGCUGGAAGAAGAGGAAUGAAGCGUAAUAACAAAAUACUCAAGGACAGCAUCCAGGGAAUAACAAGGCCCUCAAUUAGGCGACUUGCACGACGUGGUGGUGUAAAGCGUAUAUCUGGACUUAUGUAUGAAGAAACAAGGGACGUAUUGAAAGUAUUCCUUGAAAAUAUGAUCAGGGAUACAAUAACUUAUACUGAACAUGCAAAGCUUUAUGCAUUAAAAAAACGGGGGAUUACUGUCUAUGGAUUUAAUAAAUAA